AAAAAACCAACCCGAUAAUUCGGUUUGCGAUCGAGCUAUCAUACUACUACUACCCAUACCCACCAACACAACCCCAAAACGAAGAAAGCAAAAAUGUCUCCCCAAUCAAACACGAAAACCCGGAUCCUGGAGCUCAACGCCAUCGACAAAGACAUCUCAACCCUCCUUUCCACCGCUUCAACUGCAAUCACAACCUUAACCUCGACGCCGGCCUCCGCCAGCGCCUUCGCCAGCGCCUCGGGCCAAUACCACGCGUUGCUACAAUCCAUCGUGGUCCGAUUGCGGCGUCAAAUCCUGCUGCUAGAGCAGGCUGAUAUACCAGCCCCUGUAACCGGAAACGGAGGCGAGAAGGAGGGGAAGGGGAGCGGAGGUGGGAUCGAUGUUGGGGCUUUCAAUUCAAGGAAUGACGUUGUCGGCCGGGAGAUGGAGGGGGAGUUGUGGAAGGGGGCGAAGGAGUUGGUGGGGCUGUUGAGUGGGGAUUUGGAGGGGGAUGGAGAUGUUAAGAUGGGGUGACUGAGAGGGGAGAACCACGGGAAGUGAAUUGGGGGGAUGGAAUUGUGCUUGCUAUUCCUUAGUUUCACUUUGUAGGUUUGGUGUAUAGUUACGAGGUGUGGGUAUGCAUCGUACUUAGGAUGGGAGUAAUGUAGCCGCUACCAGUAGACACA